AUGAAAAAGAAACGGCGGAUUAUACACUUUGAACCGUCAUUCUCUAGUAAUCAAACAAAUAGCGUUGCUACAUUUCAGAGCAAUUUAAAACAUGCCAAUCACCAACAGCGUCAAAAUCAUAAAAAUAUCUUAUCUUAUAUUUGUAUUUUGUGUCAAACUGAGGCAAGAUUCGCUGGAAGUAGUGCUAUUAGAAAUAUCCUAUCCGCAGGUAAUCACAAUAAGCAAACGCAAGUUAUCAAUGUCACCACCACAACGCCUAUAUCGGUGACACAAACACCCGAAGUAUCUG